AUGUCCGACGACGGAGAGCAUCUGGCCUCGACCGAUGACGACGAAGAGAACGGAGACCGUCGUCAGAGUAGGCAUGGUUACGUCAGGCCCGAUGUCAGCCCUCAGGCCCAAGCCCACAAGAGCGUGUUUGCCGAACGUUUCUCGAUGGCCUGGCCCUCGACCGAACAAGAUCCUCAUGCCGACGAGGGUCAGUCUAUGAGAGAAGGCUCUCUGAGAUCUUUCGGCCCAGAUGACUGUACGCUCGCCUCGACGACCGGCUUCGACAAACGCCGAUCGGAUUGGCUCAAACAUGAUCCAAAUGAUCCCUCUGCCUCUCGCGUCACCUUACCCGACAGCGUCAAGGAUACCUCUUUCGCGAGCGAUCGCCCUCGUCGUCUCAAGCGCAGGGACUCCAACGCAGACGCGCUCCAACAACCCUCACAGCAAACGAAAUCUCGGAGGAUAUGGAGCAAAUUCGUCAGGCCUUACAUCGCCUGGCGCUUCUGGAAAUCCUAUCUCGUCGCGCUACUCAUCAUCGCUAUUCUCAUCGGUGCCUCUGUCUACCAAAAGGAACUCACCGACAAGCUUACCCCGCUAGCUCAUGACUUUCGCCAGAUCAAGGGCGGCUUCUUGAUACCUUUUGCACUCUUCAUCGUCUUGUCCUUCCCGCCCCUUGCCGGUAUGGAGAUCGUUGCGACCUUGACGGGGCUUGUCUACGGUAUCGGUAUUGGCUUUGCUAUCACCUGCGCGGGCUCGCUCAUCGGCGAGUUCCUUGCGUUUGCACUCUUUCGGUAUGGCUUCAGAGCCAAAGCGGAGAGAUUCGAAAAGAGAAAUGUGACGUACGCAUCGAUUGGCUACAUCUUCCGCAGGAGUUCAGGAUGGCAGAGACUCUAUGCAACGAUGCAGUUGAUCGUUCUGGCCCGACUGGGACUCAUUCCGCCUCACUACUUGACCGCCCUACUCGCUUCCGUCAAGACGCCUUUCUGGGUCUUUGCGCUCGGCAGCAUACUCUCCAUCCCCCGACAGGGUGCCCUCGUCGUUCUCGGCGUCGUCCUACUGAAGCCAAAGAGCGAACGUGACACGCGCGAAAACUGGCUGGCUGUCGGUCUCACCCUGCUGUUUACUCUCCUAACUGUGAUAAGCACGUAUGUCUACUAUUUGCGAUUACGCGAAGUUCGGCCGAUCCUUCGGCAAGAGAUCAAAGGCUCGCCGAGUACUUCGCCCUUUGCAGACCCGGCACUCAACCGCAGUACAAGCAGGCCCGCGAGCUCUGCAUGGUCAGAUCAAGCUCAAGUGCAACAGAGCCCGUUCGAGCAGCUCACUGUGCCCAAUAUGGAGACACCGCGAGGCUUCCACUCUGUUGCUGCUUUCAACCUCACGCCACUGCAAAGUCCUCACAUAGCAAGGAGCACGACUCCCACUGCAGAGCGACCGAGGUUGCAACCAUGCGAUUCCAAUUCUACACUCGCAACUGCCUGGUCACUGCAAGAGCGACCCAGUCAAGACACGCUCUCGUCAUCGAAAGCUCCGGUGGUCGAGCUUCCCACGCCGCUCAGACCCCAUCAGCCAGCUCCAGCACACUUCAGAGAUUCUGCCGGCUUCUAUCAUCGCUGGAUCGUUCGGCUUGAUAGCGCUGAGCGCAAGCAAGACCACAAAAGCUUAGCAUCUCUCUGCUUGCCUGCUAGGCUGCGCCUGCAAAGACUUCAUCUGCUCAGAGUCAUUCUGUUGAACAGGAUGCAUACCACGCUCGCUUUCACUGCUUGGCUGUGCCUCGCUACACUAUCAGAAGCUCUUCCGGCAGGACUGUUCCAGCAACGGUCCUCGCAGAUCCUAUUGCAACGCAAGAAUCCAAAUCCUGUCCGAGCGAAUACUGUCGGUCUGACUCGACGGGGCGAACCACUCCAGCCAGUCUUUACAGCCGGACCGACACACUACAUCAAGCUCGCCUCUUCUGCUGCUGCCAGCUCUGCUGCCGCUGCGAUUCCAUCUGGCUGUGGAUCCGUCGUGACUGUGACUGUGACGGCAACGUCAACGACGAGUGUCGUGAGCACCACCUCUGUUGUCAGCACCAUGUCCGUUAUCAGUACCGUCAAACCCACCGUCACAUCGAUAGUGCAAGUCAUCAGCACGACGACCGCGCUACCAGCCUCGAGCAGCUCCGCGGCAUCUUCCGCGUCGAGCAGCUCUGCGCCAGCAGCUACGUCUACGCAGUUUGGCAGAUUUGCAGGUAAUCAUACUGGCGAAGCAACCUACUUUGACGUCGGUAUGGGCGCAUGUGGCAAUAUCAACACAAACGAGCAAUACGUCGUUGCCGUGUCCCAGAAAAUGUUCAAUGGCUGGCCAGGCGCGUCUUCCAAUCCGAACGACAAUGGCGUGUGCGGCCAGAUCAUCGAAGUCGCCGCACCGGGUGUAAAGAAUUUCAAAGUCCAAGUGGUCGAUGCUUGCGAAUCCUGCGCAUUGUACGAUCUGGACUUCUCGCCCAAAGCCUUCAAACGGAUGGCAGCCCUCGAUGUUGGCAGAAUGGCGAUGACCUGGCAAUUUGUCGCAUCCUGA